UGUUCAACUAACAGAAGAAAGACGAGAAGCAGCGAAACUCCCCCACCGUUGUAGCUCCUCAUUAUAAAACGGGAAGAUAGUUUGCGCACUUUCGGUUGUGCGCAGCUUUAAACCCUAGCCGCUCCUUUCUGAUUUCUUCGAUUUUUCUCCUCAAAGCCAGGCUUCAGUAGACUAAAUGGCUUUCUGUAACAAACUUGGGAGCUUGGUGAGGCAGAGCUUUUCGCAGAAUGGGCAAGUUCAAAUGGGCUCUAUGUUGAGCUCUAUUCGGUGCAUGUCAUCUACGAAGCUUUUUGUGGGAGGUCUUUCCUUUGGAACGAAUGACGAGUCGCUAAAGGAAGCUUUUUCUGGAUAUGGUGAUGUGGUCAAUGCAAGGGUUAUUACUGACAGAGAUUCUGGAAGGUCAAGGGGAUUUGGUUUCGUUGACUUCUCAAGCCAGGAAUCUGCAAGCUCAGCAUUGUCAGCUAUGGAUGGCCAGGAAUUACAUGGACGAAAUAUUCGUGUGAGUUAUGCCCAAGAAAGACCUAGCGGUCCACGAUCUUUCAACAACAACUUCCGUGGGAAUGGAAGCUUUGGCAAUGACAGUGGUUUCUAAGUUGUUGCGAUCAAUGGCCCUGCUCCUAUAGCUAGUUAUUACUGGUUCAUGCUUUUAUUUACUUGGGUAGUAUUUGCUUAUGUAUUUUCUUAUAACUGGGUGGCAUUUAUCGCCAUAUUAAAUGUUUUCUUGGUGAGUUAAAAAUAUGGAGAUGUGCAACUUUGUUGUUUGCA